UAUUUCUUUUUCUGGCAGGCUAUUUCUAAGGUUUUAUAAAUAUACAUAGAUAUAUAUAUAUGUGUGUGUGUGUGUGAUUGUGUGUUCUCCAAUAUUCAGCGUCUUUCUCUCGUCUGCAAUUUCAUUUUAAGCUGGAACGAAGGUACUUACCGAACUUUGUAUGCUGGUUAUAAGAAAUAGUUUCAGUAAGCAGCAUUAUAUAGUAGAUAUUUGAAAGAGAAAAUUCAGGGAAUGCUGAAAGAUGUGCUUUAGUGCUCAGAAUCCUUUCUCUGAAGUCCACAAGGUAUUUGCCCUAGAGCUGUCCUUCUACAUCCUUGCUGAUGCUGGGUGUGUAGAUCAUGGCUCAUUGGCUCCCUUUGCCCCACAGCACAAUUGGCCUACAAUUUCUGAAGCUCCGAUUGUGUUAACGCACGACCUCUGUGAAGACGGUUGAACUGCUUGUGCUGUUAAUUAUUCCUGUACAGUAGAUUCCAUAUAUCAUAUAAUAAGCAGGAGAGAAAUAGCAUAUUAUCCUAUAUUAGAUUUUCUAGUUCUUGAAUGGAUAAUAAAGGAAGUGUGUUGAUGCAAAGAUAUGAAUUAGGGAGAUUGCUUGGUCAAGGCACAUUUGCUAAGGUUUACUAUGCGAGGAGUCUUGUAACUGGGCACAGUGUAGCUAUUAAAGUAAUAGACAAGGAGAAGGUUUUGAAGGGUGGGCUUGUUGAUCAGAUCAAGCGAGAAAUUUCUGUUAUGAGAUUGGUCAGACAUCCUAAUAUUGUGCAGCUUUAUGAAGUCAUGGCCACCAAGACCAAGAUUUAUUUUGUCGUGGAAUAUGCUAAAGGCGGUGAGCUUUUUAACAAGGUGGCUAAAGGAAAGCUAAAGGAGGAUGCUGCUCGAAAAUAUUUUCAACAGUUAAUCAAUGCUGUUGAUUUCUGCCACAGUAGGGGUGUCUAUCACCGUGAUUUGAAGCCAGAAAACUUACUGUUGGAUGAAAACGAUAAUCUGAAGGUUUCUGAUUUUGGUUUAAGUGCCCUCGCUGAAUCAAAGCGCCAAGAUGGACUGCUCCAUACCACUUGUGGCACCCCUGCCUAUGUUGCCCCUGAGGUGAUUAAAAGGAAAGGCUAUGAUGGGGCCAAAGCUGAUAUUUGGUCAUGUGGAGUGGUCUUGUUUGUUCUGUUGGCUGGUUAUCUCCCAUUUCAUGAUUCUAAUUUAAUGGAGAUGUAUAGGAAAAUUGACCGAGCAGAGUAUAAAUGCCCGAGAUGGUUCCCAGCAGAAGUAUGCAGGCUGCUGUCACGUGUGUUGGAUCCAAAUCCCCAUACUAGAAUUUCCAUCUCCAAAAUUAAGGAAAGUUUUUGGUUUAAAGGGGGAUUGAUCACCAAACUAUCGAAAAAUGACACAAAAAGCAAGGAGAUGGCUCCUCAAAAUACAGAUCCUAGUUCUGGUCCCUGCGAGAACAACAGUACGGCUGCUGAGGAAAAGCAAGAGCUAGCAAAGCCCACCAACAUAAAUGCUUUUGAUAUCAUCUCCCAUUCUGAUUCUUGGUUUAAAAGGAAACUAGCAAAAAAUGACACAAAAAGCAAGGAGAUGGCUCCUCAAAAUACAGAUCCUAGUUCUGGUCCCUGCGAGAAUGGUAGUACGGCUGCUGAAGGAAAGCAAGAGCUAGCAAAGCCUACCAACUUGAAUGCUUUUGAUAUCAUCUCCCUUUCUGCUGGGUUUGAUCUAAAUGGUUUGUUUAAGGAACAUUAUCUAAAGAAAGAAGCAAGAUUUUCUUCCCGGCAACCUGCACGUGUCAUCAUCUCUAAACUAGAAGAAAUUGCAAAGCGUUUGAUGCUGAAGGUGGGGAAAAAAGAUGAAGGGCUGUUAAAGAUGGAAGGAACGAAGGAAGGUAGAAAGGGGAUCUUGUCCAUCGAUGCAGAAAUCUUUGAGGUCACUCCGUCUUUUUAUUUGGUUGAGGUGAAGAAAUCUAAUGGAGAUACUUUGGAAUAUCAGAAGCUAAUGACAGAGGGAAUUAGACCUGCGCUCCAAGAUAUUGUUUGGGUAUGGCAAGGUGAUCAACAACAACAACAACAGCAACAUGAGCAGGAGCAGCUUCCUUGAACGUUCGCAAGUUGCCAAUUUUCUCGUACUAUCUCAUGUUUGUGUACAUUUUUCAUUUUCUUUUUCCAUAUAUAUGAAAUGUUGUGUUUGUUCUGAUAAUCUGUAAUAUAUCCUCAUUUGACAAACUUGUUUUUAUUUGGCACGUGGACUCGAUUACUUCAUUUUUUCCCCAUACAAAAUUAUGUCGCCCUUGCCUUUUUA